CGUCCGGUCCGAGCGCCGCUAUGGCUCUGCGCCCCGAGGGUCUGGACGAGCUGCCCGCCGCCUGCCUGUCGCCGUGCGGGCCGCCCAACCCGGCCGAGCUGUACAGCGAGGCGCGGCGCCUGGCGCUGGAGGAGCUGGUGGCGGGCGGACCCGACGCCUUCGAGGCCUUCCUGCGGCGCGAGCGCCUGGGCCGCUUUCUGAACCCCGACGAGGUGCGCGGCAUCCUGCGGGCGGCCGAGCGGCCCGGCCAGGAAGGCGCGGCGGCGGGGGCCGAGGACUCCUUCGGCUCGUCGCACGACUGCUCGUCCGGCACCUACUUCCCGGAGCAGUCGGACCUGGAGCCGCCGCUGCUGGAGCUCGGCUGGCCCGCCUUCUACCGGGGCGCCUAUCGCGGCGCCACGCGCGUCGAGGCGCACUUCCAGCCCCGCGGCGCGGGCGCCGGCGGCCCCUACGGCUGCAAGGACGCGCUGCGCCAGCAGCUCCGCUCCGCGCGGGAGGUGAUCGCCGUGGUGAUGGAUGUUUUCACGGACAUCGACAUCUUCAGGGACCUGCAAGAAAUAAGUCGGAAACAGGGAGUUGCCGUCUACAUCCUUCUGGACCAGGCUCUGCUUUUGCAGUUUUUGGAUAUGUGCAUGGAUCUGAAAGUGCAUCCUGAGCAGGAGAAGCUGAUGACCGUUCGGACCAUUACUGGAAGUAUUUACUAUGCAAGGUCGGGAACUAAGAUAGUUGGGCAGGUUCAUGAAAAGUUCACACUGAUUGAUGGCAUUCGAGUGGCUACAGGCUCCUAUAGUUUUACGUGGACGGAUGGCAAAUUAAAUAGCAGUAACUUGGUCAUCCUGUCUGGCCAAGUGGUUGAACACUUUGAUCUGGAGUUCCGAAUCCUGUACGCACAGUCGAAGCCCAUCAGCUCCAAGCUGCUGUCCAACUUCCGGAUCAGCGGCAAGUUUGACCAUCUAGUUGACCCGAAGCCUCUGUCGAAGGAGCUCACGUUGGGCAGCCUGCUGCGCCUGCGGCUGGCCCGGCUCUCAAGCACCCCCAAGAAGGCUGAGCUGGGGUUCGAGGCGCCCACUGAGGGCAGGGCAGAGGCCAGGCGCCAUGACUCGGAGUCCUCCACUAUCAGUGACAAGGACGACUUCAACAGCCGCAGGGACAAACUAGAGGGCGGGAGGAUGACCAAUGCCGCCACUCAGACGGAGGCAGGAGAGGAGGCACCAGCAGUGAGCGUGAGUGAUGCGGGGACCCAGGCCAGCGCCGUGACGACGUGUGCCGGGACCCAGACCGCAGUCACCACCAGGGUGGCGAGCUCCCAAACUGUGGUUCGGUCCAUGUCGGCCACCACCCAGACUGACGUGGAUGAGAACGUUCUCUUUUCUCAGGGCACCCAGUCUAAAGAAGGGUCACCAGUGUCCAGGAUGUCUGUGUCAAGAUCUUCCAGUUUGAGAUCUUCCUCCUCUCUGUCCUCUCAGGGCUCCGUGGCGAGCUCCCUGGGUUCCCAGGCGUCCAGCAGAGCCACUGACUUUGUCCGCGCUGGACAUUCCAAGUUCUGGGGCACCCCCCACUUGGAUCUGUGCUUGCGAGACUCCUUUAGGAACUUGAAUCAAGAGCGCCAGUUUCACUUUGCUGGCAUCAGGUCCCGGCUCAACCACAUGCUGGCCAUGCUCUCCAGGAGAACGUUCCUGACUGAGAAGUACCUUGGUUUUCAUCCCGGAAACGUUACCAGGGCCUCGGUGAAUCUGCUGGCUGUGAGAGAUAUCGCACUGUAUCCCUCCUAUCAGUGACCACUCAGCAUUCAGCACCCGUCCCCCGAGCACCCUGCUUUGCAGCCCGUUCACCUGAUCUUUGGUCACCCCGAUUUUCUCUGAGUUCUAUAAACUGCACAUUCUUUUACAUGCCUUUAUCUUAUUUUUGUCAUGUAUAAACCAGGUGUUGGUUUUAUGGUUGAAACACUAUGGGUACAGUUUCUUUGCACGACUUUAAUAUUGGUAUCUCUUAAAGAGAGUGUUUAGGGGUUCUCAGGUUAAUUCAGGUAAAAGAGGAAAUACAUUUUGUAUUUUUCUAGAUAUGUGUGCUCUUCUGUUUUAGAGAUUUGCAUGACUAGUUUUUAUGAUCAAAAUCCUGUUUAAGAAGAAAAUUCCUUGU